AUGAUUUCUAAUAUUGCGAGUAAUGCUCAAGGAGCUGAUGGCAUUACGCGUGAUAUGAUCAAGUUGACACUACCUCGUACAUUAGCGAUUAUUACUGCCAUUGUUAAUCAGUCCAUCAAAACAGGCGUUUUCCCUGACAUUUGGAAAAGAGCUCUGGUCAAAACAAUACCAAAGAAAAGCAAUCCGAACGAGUUAAAGGAUCUCCGCCCCAUUAGUAUUCUUCCCUUAAUGUCUAAUAUAGUUGAAAAAGUUGUAUCUCAGCAACUUUUGGAAUUUCUGAAUGUCAACAACAUCUUACCUCAAAAACAGUCUGGUUUCAGAAACGGUCAUAGCACGGCCACUGCUUUAUUAGAUGUAGUGGAUGAGGUACUAUCCGAAGCUGAUUCUGGAAAUGGUACAAUAUUGGUACUGCUGGACUUUUCCCGUGGUUUUGAUACAAUAAACCACGAUUUGCUUAUGUCAAAACUCUCACAUUAA